AUGAAUACCUCGGUUCUCGCCCCACUGGGGAAUAUUUCCGGUCAUCUGAAUUUUUCGGAGAUGGACUCGCAGAUCUUGCAGUUUGAGGAUGAAGAUUGCCAUGUGCCUUUGGCCAUGGUCUUCACUUUGGCCUUGGCUUAUGGGACUGUGAUAAUUCUGGGAGUCUCUGGGAAUCUGGCCUUGAUUGUCAUUAUUUUAAAACAAAAGGAGAUGCGCAAUGUCACCAACAUCCUCAUUGUCAACCUGUCGUUUUCUGAUCUCCUAGUGACCAUCAUGUGUCUUCCCUUUACCUUUGUGUACACUUUAAUGGACCACUGGAUUUUUGGGGAGGCCAUGUGCAAGCUGAACCCUUUUGUGCAAUGUGCUUCCAUCACCGUCUCCGUCUUUUCUUUAGUCCUCAUUGCUAUUGAGCGCCAUCAGCUGAUCAUAAAUCCCCGCGGCUGGAGGCCGAACAACAGACAUGCCUACAUGGGGAUUGCUGCCAUUUGGAUUUUAGCCACAGCUUCCUCUUUGCCUUUCCUGAUCUACCACGUGUUAACAGAUGAGCCCUUCAGAAAUGUAACAUUUGAUGAAUAUAAGAACAAAUAUGUGUGCUUGGACCUGUUCCCCUUGGACACUGCCAGGCUUUCUUAUACCACAACGCUUUUGGUGAUUCAGUACUUUGGACCACUUUGUUUUAUAUUUAUUUGCUACCUGAAGAUAUACAUACGGUUGAAAAAAAGGAACAACAUGAUGGACAAGAUGAGAGACAGUAAGUACAGAUCCUCUGAAACCAAAAGGAUCAACAUCAUGCUGAUUUCAAUAGUGGUCGCAUUUGCAGUUUGCUGGCUGCCUCUCACCAUCUUCAAUAUUGUGUUUGAUUGGAAUCAUGAAAUUCUGCCUGUUGCUACCUGCAGCCACAACCUGUUGUUCCUGAUUUGCCACCUCACUGCCAUGAUCUCCACCUGUGUGAAUCCCAUCUUCUAUGGGUUUCUCAAUAAGAACUUCCAAAGGGACCUGCAGUUUUUUUUUCAUUUUUGUCAUUUCCACUCCCGUGAGGAGGAUUAUGAAACUAUAGCCAUGUCUACCAUGCACACAGAUGUUUCAAAAACCUCUUUAAAGCAGGCAAGCCCCAUCACAUUUAAAAAAAUAAAUAGUGAUGACGAUGAAAAAAUAUAA